AUGGAAAUCACAUCCACCUUUAAAACUACACUCAAUGAAUUUUGUGAAGUUGCAAAUUGGAUGACACAAAAAGUUUAUGGUUGGCGAAAUUUAACUAAUGAAGAUCUACGUCAAAUUAGAAAUAAAUUAGAGGCCUUACAACCGAUAGCAGAUAAAUAUGAACGUUCAUUCAGGACAUCUAAGGUAAUGUUGGAGAACGAACUAUAUUUAAACUUAGAAAAUGCUUCUUCUAAUCUAUGGAAUUCAAUUUCAAUAACUUUAAAAACAGAACAACAAAGUUUCACUAAAGCAAAAUUACCAAAUGAUACUACUAAGAAAAAAGAUGAUAUACAAGAGACAGAUCAAUUGUAUUUAUUGUGUUGUUGUAAACUAUUUUCGGCUAGUUUAUUUGCUGUGUAUGAUGCAUUAAUAAAUACUACAGAGACCUUACUUAGAAUACUUAAUUGCCAAGUAAACACAUUAAAAACUAUUGUAGAUUGUUUGACACAAUCCUACCUAUCCCAUUGUUGUCUUAUCAAUGGUGAUGUGGAUAAAGCUUUGGAAAUCAAAUAUAAUUCUUCAAUAGUUAAACAUGAUUGGGAUGAAUUAAUUCAUAUUUAUCAGGACAUACCACAAUAUACUUUAAGAAGAGUAGAAGAAAGGACAGACAUUUGGGAAGAAAAUCAAAAAUAUGAGAUCAAAAGAUUAAAGUUAGAAUUUUUCAUUGUAAACUUUCAACUUUGUUUAAAAGAUGGAGACAUUGAAACAGCAAAGUUAUAUAGUAAUAAAAUUAAUAUAAACGAAAGCUUAGAUAUUCUAGAUGCUAAAUGUUUAAUUGAGUUAUGCAGAAUAAUAUUUAAUUCUGUCUUAAUUUACUCGAAAAAUUGUCACAACACUAUGAAAAAACAAGAGGUUGUUUCGCUGCUAAGAUUGGCGUUACAAUACUUAAAUCUUCCAUUAGAAAAUCUAUCAUCUCAUAUAAAUUAUCAAAAUAUCAAAUACUCAGUAACUUUAUUUUUAACAAAAUUUUUAAUAGAAAACUGCAAGGAGCUUUCUGCUGCUGAAGAAUGUAGUUCACUACUCAAUUUAUUACAGGAACAUUUUGGAAAGAAAAUCGAACCAUAUAAAUUAGCCAUCAAAUACAACCAAACUCAACAAACUGGAAACAGUGAUCAAGCUAUUGAAGAAAUUAUAAUGAGAAUGAUUACUACAUUAAAUAUAACUCUUCACUGGGAACAAAUAUUAGAAUGCAUUGGGCAAUUGUCAAAAAGUAAUACUAAACUGGCUAUUGUCUGUAUGGAAUACAUUUUUCUUAAUAAAUUAAAUCAAAAAGAACAUUCUAAGAUUUGGGAAGAUUUAAUUGUUGCAAGAGUAUUUUUAACAAUUGAAGCACAGGAUUUAACAAUCAAGGAUAUUACUCUUUCUCUAAAUGAAUUUUUUAAAACAGUUGAAACCAAUGCUGUAGAAAAACUUUCUAGAAUGAAAAUAUCAUGCAUUGUAACUAUUCUCUGGAAUUUGGCCAAGAAAUUUGAUAAAAAACAAGAAUAUGCAAACAGUUGCCUUAUUUAUGAAUUAGCUAUUAAAAAAUUAUUUUGUGAUGACUUUAGUGAAAUCGGAAAAAUAUUAAGGGCGCUUAUAUCAUCCUAUAUAAAUUGUGGAAAUUAUGAAGCAGCUCUACAACAAUAUGAAAGAAUGGAAGAAUGUGAUAAGCUACAUCCUCUUACACAGUUGUUGUUGGUGAAAAUAUACUAUAAAUUCGCGGAAAAAAACAAAAUAACAGAAUGCUUGAAAAAUAUCUAUCUAUCAAAAUCUGAUAAUUCAAUUCAAAUCUUAAUUUUAGCUAUAUCUUUCUGCAAGAAAAUGGAUGAUAUAGUUUUAACUGGUAUAAAUUUUCUAUUUGAAAAAAUAGAUUUAGAAGAAGAAAAUACUGACCGAAAUCAAGUAAAUGAUUGGACUAUUCCAUUAUUAGAAUUACUACGCUACACACUACAGCUGAUCAUCAAAUUAUUUGACAAUGAUAAUUUAAACUGGAAACAAAAUGUGCCAAUAUUACAGAAACUUUUAACCAAAGCCAAACAUUUUAUUGUAGACAAUUCCAAGCUUAGGAGAUCUUUUGAAGAAACAACAAAAACACAUUUUGAAAAAGAAAUAAUUUCUGUCGAUGAGGUAGAAUGGUUUGCUUCAGUUGCCUAUAACAUAUCAGUAAAAGGAUAUAAUGAAAAUAAAAUAGAUCUAAUUCAACCACUUGUACAAUUAGCAGCUGAACUUAAUGAUUUGAUCCCAAUUAAUCAAUUUUCUUUCAUAAAACGUUUUCAUUUUCAAUAUUGGAAGUACAGAAUAUCACUACUAAAAGCAAUUAUCUUUUUAGAAGGAAAUCAAAAUACUGAUUUUGAUUUGUCAAGACUACAAGAAUUAACUCUAUCUUUAGAAAAUGUAUUAGAAGACAUCAGUGCUUUUAGAAGAACUUCCGAGGUAAAAGAAAAAAUCGAUAAAGAAAGUAUUGCAGAUCUAGAUAACUGUUAUAUUGAACUUUUAACGGUACAAUUUAAAUGCAUACUCUCUCUGAAAAAUCAACAAAAACUUCAGAUAUUUACUGAAAAAAUACUGAAAGAAAAUAAUCUGCAUAUUAAUAAGGUUUUAAUCGAACUAUGCCUGUCCAAUCCAGAUUGUCCACAGGGUAUGACGAAGAAAACAGUAACUGCUAUUAUUAAGAGAAAUCUAGUUGAAAAUACUGUAUCCAAUAAUGAUCUCAGCACCUGGAUUAAAAUAUUAUUAGAAAAUAUUUCAAAUCCAGGAGAUAUAACCGACGAAGGCAUAAUCUCAAAUGUUUUAAAUAAAUUUCAGAUUGAUAUACGUGAUAAUCCAUCUUGCUUGUUACAAUCAAAAGAAACUAUUGAAACAAUCGCAACAUUAAUAUGGAAUGUUGGUGUAAAUUUGCUUAUAUUUGGUGAUCAAGAAAACGCAAUCAAAUGGUGCAAAUAUUCUGUGUUGUUUGCCAAAUUUGUUAAUAAUGAUCUAAAAGAUCAACUGAAAAGUAUGUGGCAUUCACUGAUAUCAAGUGCUAAUAUUCAAGACGAUCCAAUUAGUCAAAUAUAG